UUGAUCAGGCUAUGCUCAUUUUGUGUAGUUUGAAAUAAUCUUUGGAUUGUUCAAAGAAUUUUUCAUGUGGAUCAUUUUCUGGUUUCUAAAAUUCAAUCUACGAUUGAUCUUGAAUUUUGGGAUUAGCCUUUUGGCUUCCUUUCUUUCUGGCAUAGGUAAAAGUCUACAUUUAUUUCUUGCUAGAUUAACCAUGGAAGUUAUUAAACUAGCAUUGUAAUGUGGGUCAAAACCUUGAUUAUGCAGUUCUAAAGGCAGUUGUUGGUUGAAUCUUCCAUAUAAAAAUGCAAGGGAAGUAUGUUAGGAUAGACAAUAACAGAAGACAACCACCAACAUCAAACAACUACUACUCGACUGUGACUAUCGUGGUGUUUGUAGCCCUAUGUUUGGUCGGUGUGUGGAUGAUGACAUCAUCAUCCAAUAUUCCUGGGCAAAAUGUAGACAUGCCUGUUCAAGAAACCGACAAGAACGAUGUGAAAGAUCAAGUGAUAGACAGCUCCAAAAGUAGUACUCCUAAGCAAGUAGACAUUAUCCAAGGUGGUUUGGCUGGGGAUGCAAAUAAAUCAAUAGAAGACACUAUAAAUCCACAAGAAGCAAACAAUUCUAUUGUAUCGAAAGAUCAUAAGGAGAAUAAACCAAAAGAGACAUAUCCACAAAAACAUGAUGAGAAGCCAACAUAUAUGCCAAAACCAAAGCUCGAAAAUAAUCCUCAAGAGAAAGCAAAGGAAAAACCUGUUGAAGAUUAUGCAUCAAGUAUUGAGGCACAAUAUCGAAAAGAAGAUGUAGAUUCAAAGCAUGUUGAUGAAAAGGUAAACCAAUUUGGCAAACAAAAAAAUCCCAAUGUUGGUCAAGCUAAUGCGAUGGGGCAAGGAGGAUCAAAGAAUAAUAUCUCAGAAGAUGGCAAGCCUAUUUCAGAUCAAAAUGAGAAGAAACCUGAUUUUGCAGAGAUCAAUAAGACAUUAGAUGAUAAACCUGGUGAUUCAAGAGUUGAGGAAGUGAGUGAAGGCCAAGUUGCGAAGAAAGGGGUUGAAAAAGACAAUAUGGAAGUCAAGAAUCAAAGUUCAAGUGAAAAUUUUCCUUCAGGAGCUCAAGCUGAGCUUACAAAUGAAACCUCAACAGAGAAUGGAUCAUGGUCAACUCAGGCAGUGGAAUCAAAGAAUGAGAAGGAUACUCAAGAAUCGGCUAAAGAGCCAGUUGUAUUCAAUUGGAAAUCGUGCAAUGUCACUGCUGGUCCUGACUUCAUUCCUUGUUUGGAUAACUGGAGAGCUAUUAAGAAUCUUAGAUCGAAUAAGCAUUAUGAACAUAGAGAGCGACAUUGCCCUGAAGAACCUCCAACUUGCCUAGUUCCACUUCCAAAAGGUUAUAAACGCCCAAUCGAGUGGCCUAAAAGCAGGGAAAAGAUUUGGUACUCUAACGUACCCCACACAAAACUUGUUGAGUAUAAGGGGCAUCAAAACUGGGUGAAAGUUGAUGGUCAAUACAUUAUUUUUCCUGGUGGUGGAACUCAGUUCAAGCAUGGCGCUCUCCAUUACAUCAAUUUUAUAAACGAGAAUGUACCUGACAUUGCUUGGGGAAAACGUAGUCGUGUAAUCUUGGAUGUUGGAUGUGGAGUUGCUAGUUUUGGAGGGUUUCUCUUCGACAGAGAUGUAUUGGCAAUGUCAUUGGCCCCUAAAGAUGAGCAUGAAGCUCAAGUGCAAUUCGCUCUCGAAAGAGGAAUCCCUGCUAUAUCUGCUGUCAUGGGCACGCUAAGACUUCCCUUCCCAAGUAAAGUAUUUGAUGUUGUGCAUUGUGCGCGUUGUAGGGUGCCGUGGCAUAUUGAAGGUGGUAAACUUCUUCUUGAGUUGAAUCGGUUGUUGAGGCCAGGCGGAUAUUUCGUGUGGUCUGCUACUCCAAUCUAUCAAAAGAAACCCGAAGACAAAGAAAUUUGGAAAGCAAUGAGCAAAUUAUUAGAGACAAUGUGUUGGGAGAUUGUGACUAAAUUUAAGGAUAGAGUCAAUGGAGUUGGCCUAGCUAUUUAUAGAAAACCAACGAACAACACAUGUUAUGAGAAGAGAUCAAUGCAAGAGCCUCCCAUGUGUGAAGCAUCUGAUGAUCCUAAUGCGGCAUGGAAUGUGCCUCUACAAACAUGCAUGCAUAAGGUGCCCGUCGAUUCUCUAGAACGUGGGUCGCGAUGGCCUGAACAAUGGCCAUCUAGACUGGACAACACUCCAUAUUGGAUGUUAGGUUCUGAAAUGGGAGUUUAUGGCAAACCACAACCAGAAGACUUCGUUGCUGAUUAUGAGCAUUGGAAGCGAGUCGUCUCCAAAUCAUAUAUCAAUGGGAUGGGAAUAAAUUGGGAAACUGUGAGGAAUGUAAUGGACAUGAGAGCUAUCUAUGGAGGGUUUGCAGCUGCUUUGAAGGAUAUGAAUGUGUGGGUGAUGAAUGUUGUCCCAAUUGACUCCGCUGAUGUUUUACCCGUUAUCUAUGAGCGUGGACUAUUUGGAAUUUACCAUGAUUGGUGCCAGUCAUUCAGUACGUACCCAAGAUCAUAUGAUCUUCUGCACGCCGAUCAUCUAUUCUCCAUGAUCAAGCAGAAGUGCAAGAUAGUUCCUCUAGUGGUAGAGGUCGACCGUAUCCUAAGGCCCGAAGGAAAGCUAAUCGUACGAGACACUACUGAGAUCAUGAGAGAGGUGGAGAACAUCCUAAGAUCGAUGCAGUGGGAGAUCCGAAUGACUUACAACAAGGACAAUGAAGGGUUGCUUUCUGCCCAAAAGACAAUGUGGCGGCCAAAGGAAGCUGAAAUGCUAGAUUAUGCUAUCAUUACUUGACUUGUAGAGCUCCUUCCCUAAUAGUUAUGUAAUUUGAAGGUUAGAGUGCCCCCUUAUUCCCUUUAUUGGGUUAUUGGAAUUUUCACUUAUUUACCAACAUCUGCAGUAAUCGAGUUUUCUUCCAUAAGGGUCCAAAAAAUCAAUUAACUACAAUAGCCUAGCUCACUAUACCACAUCCUUAGCUUUUUUUGGUUUGUUGGUUUUAGAUGUCUUAAGUUGAAUCGAGUGUUUUUUAAAGUCACCAAGUAAAAUGGUAAUGGCCACUCGGUACAAGGAGGUAGAGCAAGAGAACCUGGACAAGCAUCCAUGUUUUAACU